GGAACAGCGACAGACCAAGGUAUUCGUGUUGGAAACCUCCAGUCGAUUUGCAACUACGAUGAGAUCUCAACACCCUUUUCUCUAGGCCCUGCUUCGUAAUUAUGGGCAAGGAUGAAACUUCACCGACUCGAUUGCCCGUGGUUGAGCCUUUUCCGGCUGGUCCUCGGGAAGCCGACGGAUCCAAAGAUGAGCGCCAGACUACGGCGCCUUCGUCACCAGAGCCUGGAACUGCGGUUAGGCCAUCACCAGCUACUGAUGGAGGAAUGGUCGCCUGGCUCCAAGUUUCGUCAGCUUUCGCGCUCUACUGGAACAGUUUGGGUCUGCUCAACGGCUUUGGUGCUUUCCAAACAUACUACGAAACCACAUUGCUCAAAAACGAUUCAUCUUCAGCCAUCGCGUGGAUUGGCUCAGUCCAAGUCUUCUUCCUCAUGGCUGGCGGUGUCAUAUUUGGCCCGCUCUAUGACCUUGGCUACGCUAGAUCCAUGCUGAUAACCGGCACAUUCCUCGUCGUCUUCGGCUUCAUGAUGACCAGCAUCAGCACACAGUACUAUCAGUUCCUACUUGCGCAGGGCUUCUGUGUCGGAAUCGGCUCCAGCUGCCUGUACAUUGUCGCCAUCACCUUGGUUCCUGCCUACUUUACAGCCCGGAGGGCUUUAGCAAUGGGGGUUGCAACUGUUGGAAGUAGUCUGGGAGCUACCAUUUAUCCUCUUAUUUUCGAGAGUUUACAGCCUCGAAUAGGGUUUUCAUGGACUGUUCGAGCCAUUGGUUUCGUCACCUUAGCCAUGUCUUGCUAUGCUGUGGUUGUGGCACGACCUCGAACCAAGGGCGCUAAAGCCCUUAUAACAAAGAACAACUCGCUGAAAGAAAUCGCCGGAAUUGCUGGCCUUCUGGAUUCUCGAUACGUGGUUCAGUGCAUCGCCAUUUUCUUCAGCAAUCUCGCCUUUUUCCAGCCUCUCUACUAUAUUCAAAGCUACGCACAAUCGCACGGUAUGGAGGGCGCGUCUUUGGCUAAGUACCUCCUUGUGAUACUCAACGCAGUCGGUAUCCCUGGACGCAUUGUGCCGUCCCUCAUUGCCGAUCGAUUUGGUGUACUGAAUACGUACAUUGGAAUAUGUACCAUGACCGCCAUUACCAUCUUUUACUGGAUCAGCGUGAAUAACACUGCCGGGAACGUGGCGUUUGCGGUAUUGUACGGAUUCUUCUGCGCCAGUGUCGUCACUUUGGCCCCGGUCGUUCUAGCAAGCAUAACUGAUGAUCUUGGAAUUCUGGGAACGAGACUCGGUUUCGUCGCUGUAUUAAAGGGAGUCGGUUCACUCAUUGGGCCGCCAAUUGCUGGCGCUAUUUUGGGAUCAACUGGGAGCUAUCUCGGUGUCCAGCUAUUCACUGGACUGGCGAUGUCGCUCACUGUUGUCUUUGCAGCAUAUCUUAGAGCCUUGAUAUCCCAGAGGAAAGUAGAAAGUCUAGAGACUGAUUCAUAAUGUUUGGAGACAAUUUGGGCAAGACGAGAACCUCUCAAGCUUCUCAUUUGAGGAUCCGGUACUUUGAGUACUAUCUAAUGCAGUCAGGAUAAUUAGGGAUGUCUCUAGUCUCUUGGUAUCAGUUUAAAUUUCGGAAGCUUUCAGAUGACAUGUAUUACAUUUGCUACUUCGGCUGUCUUCUUUAUACUUCCUAUCUACUCUUUCGACGUGUACUCCUUCAGGUAUACUGAUCGCCUAAUAGAUAAUGUGCAGAAG